CGCAUAACACAACGCUGGCUGUAAAACCCUCCUUCCCCCGUCGCCGCCGCCGCGCGGCCACCGCUCCGACGCCCGGCGCCUCGCCGCCGUACUCUCUCUCUCUCUCUCUCUCUCCCGCGCCAAGCGUACAGCGUACUCCACCCGGCGGGCCGUCACCCCGUCACUCGCGGCCCUCUUCUUCCUCCGAGCCGGCGGCGCCAGGGAACCCCACAUUCUCCGGCCCCACCCAAACCCCGCUUCCUCCGAUGUUCAACUUCCUCCGCCGCGCCGCAGCCUCGGCCGGGCCCCUGUCCGCGGUGCAUCGGCGGAAGACUCUCGUGCGACCCCGAGUUCCGUCGCCACCCCGCGGCCACAUGGCGCUCGCCCGACAGCACCGGGGGCUGCGCGACCUCGACGCGGCCCUCGCCAGCGGCGACGCCGCCUUCCUCGACGCGGCCCACGCGCUCGCCGCCAGUUCGAUCCGCGCGAACACCAUCACCGGCAGGCUGCUCCGCUCAAUCGAAGGAGCCAGCGCAGAUGCCUCCAAGGACGCAGAGCCCCCGGGGUCCGAGGGCGUCUCGGACGCCGCCGUCCAGCGCCGGAUCCAGCAGGCCCUCCUGCGCGCCAGGGAAGGCCGUUUCGAGGAGGCGCUCGCGGAUCUGGACCGGGUGGUCGGGGACAGCCCCGGCGACCCCGACCCGCGGAUCACCGCCUCCGCCCUGUGCUACCUGCAGGGCGCUCACCGCCCUGCCGGCGAUCUUUUCGCGGGCCUCCCACUGGACGCUGUUAUUUGGCCUUGGACAUAUGAGAUUGCCACCGUGCUCGCCAUGCCCGGAUCCUCGCCGCAGCCGGCGCGACGAACCUUCGACGGGAAUGUCAUGUGCCGAGCGACCAGGCUCGCCGAGUCCACCCUCUUCGCGAGCCUCGGCAAAGGCGAGUGGUCCAUGGCAUCCAAGGUCAUGCUUUCCUUAUCGUUUCGUUUGCUCCGCAUCUUCGUGUCCCAGUACAGGCUAGUCCCGUGCAACCCCGUCGACAGGUCGGCGCCCGGGCCCGGCGCCGGUGCCCGUGGCCGGCCCAUCCCCGGGAACACCAUGCUCGUGGAAUGCUCCCAGGCGAUCCUCGCGUCGGCGCUCCAAGCGCGCCCUCUCUGCGGCGCGCGCCUCCAGGAGGUGCGCUCCGUCGCCCAGCGAGCCCUCGCCCUGGUUGAGGCGGAGGGCGACAUCCCCGCGGCGGUCGACGUCAACCUCGUCCUCGCCUUCCUCGCCACCCGGGACGGGCAAUUCGACGAGGCCCUUCGACGGUACAAGGCGGCGGCGCAGAAAGACCCGGCCGACUCCCGGCCGUACGAGCUCGCCGACUGGCUCUGCUGCCUCGUCGGCCUCGCGAAGGAGCAGAACGCAUGGCGGCGCUCCAAGAAGAAGCUCGGCGGCGGGACGAAACCUCACGACUGGCUGCCGGUCCUCCGCGACCAGCUACUGGUUGCCGCCGCGCUCGGCCACGGGGGCCUGACGGCCAGCGACGCGCACCGCGCCCACAUCUCCCCCGCCGCUUGGAGGGAGGUCGACGGGUGGCUCGCGGCGGCGGCGCUGCACUUGGGCCUCAAUCGGCUCACGAUCCGCAUGCUCCGCGCUGCCCUUCGAAGAUUGAUCCAACAAUGGCAACCAUGAACCGAAAAGGUCUACUCACUCACUCACCACUGAAGCUGCAGCAGCUCACUACGAUGGGUAUCGGUAUCACAGUAGAAAACACCAACUUGAUCAUGCCAUCUCUUGCUGCAUCAACUGUUUGUUGGGAGCUAGUAAUAAUUUCUAUUUCUUGUUUAAAAUUGUAUCUUUUUUAUUUAUAAUUGGAUUUGGGACACACCUGACAUCUCAGAAUUUGAUUGUUUUCCAUUAACAAUCUAUUGAGCUGUAGGAAGGAGUGCUGAUAUGGCCAAUUAUAAUGUAUUGACGCCGACGUUCGGUAGUUGUGUUAGAGCAAGCUCAGUAUAAGAGCUAACUCUUAGCUCCAAAACCUUUUCAUGUCACUAAGAGUUAACAUAAAGUCAACUUAUAUAAUAAUUAUAC